AUGAAAUGGUCCAACAUCUGGCUCACCACGAUCAAGGCUGAUAAGCCGGACAUGAUGAUGGACAACAUUUCCAUCUACAUUGGACAUGGCGAUGCAGCCCGAACGGACAAUCUCGCAAAGGGCGCUGGUGGCGAUUACCGCUUCCUCGAUUGGACCCGUAACAUGACUGCCACUCGCUAA